UGUCAGUUGUACUGAUAUCCGUAGGCGUAGGGUGUUCUUUGCCCUGCUAAGCUCCCGUCUAACCUCAGAAUUUUUCAAAAUAUCAACAUUUUUUUCCUUUUUCUCUGUAUCCAUGGCACUACAAGUAUAGCAAAAAAUUGUCUAAUAUUCAUGGCAGCAGCUAAAUACCACUCUGCAACUCCCCCAUUCCCUAGGUAUAAAGAAAUCUUCACCUCUACGACCAGGAGGAGCAUUGGGGGAUAUAGAGUAAAUGUAUGUAAAGCAAAGUUGUCAGAGUCAAACGCUAAGAAAGCAAAUCUUUCGGCAAGAAAGAAGGAAAGGAUAAGGGUUCCAAAUUAUGGUGAUGAUGGCACUGGAGGCAAGAAUAUUCAUCAUAUAAGUGAAUUUCUUGGUCAUCCAUGUGGAAUUGAAUCUAUCUUGAACACAAGGGCUUUGCAAAGUUAUCAAUCCCUUGAUUCUAAUGUUUACAGUACAUGCAGGUGUACUCUACCACAGCUUCAACUUCUCAGUUUUGAGGUAGCGCCAGUGUUGGACUUGAGAGUUACACCAAGUACUGAAGAUUGUGUAGUUGAGAUGUUGUCUUGCAAGUUUGAGGGUUCAGAAGUAGUGGAACGGCAGAAUGAGCGCUUUUCAGCUUCAAUGAGAAACUGUAUAACAUGGGAAACUAUUGGCAGUGAACCAUUUUUGAAUGUCGAUGUGAAGUUAGAUCUCGUCCUUGAGAUUUACACCCAGCCGUUCAUCUUUUUGCCAAUAUCAUCUGUCGAGGUUCCAGGGAAUAUAGUGAUGCAGGCUCUAGUGGACAGGUUGGUACCGCUACUCAUACAACAGCUGCUGCAAGAUUAUGAAGAAUGGGUGCGUAAACAACAGGAUUUGUUUUCAAUGAAACUUCAAAAUAAUCUAUUUUCAGGAAGCCGUGCUUCUACAUGAAAACCACAUUUACUUCCUUGGGUUAGAGUAAAAAUGUAAUUUCUCAAGGGUGAGGAGCAGAAGUUCAGCUUGCCAUCGGUCCAGGAUUCUCAGUCUGAUGUGUGUGUAAUAGACUAAAUCAGAUCUAUAAGCACUCUUUCAUGAAAUAAUCUUGUAUUAUAGCUCUCAUUUGUAUGAAAAUCUCGUUCUUGAUCCGCAGAAUGAAGAGAUGAAGCAAAUUAGUGGAGUUUUGGUUUUGAAAUUGUAACACAUUGCUGUGAUGUACAAUCAAAUUCUUGUUUUCGAUUUAAGAAUGUUUAGGAAAAACAGGAAAUAACAUAGUGAAAAACUCUCGUCUUUAUAGACCAUAUUAUUCA